AUGGAGGCCGGACAACCAGCAGAAGAUGCCUCUGCCAGAGCCGACCGGCUCGCGAAACCGAAUUCCUGGCCCUCUCUAUUCGGCUUCACUCGCAAACGGAAUUUCGUGGCACUCAUACCGGCAUUAUUCUUCUCCAUUGCGAGUGGAUUGGUCAUUCCUCUAAUGUCCUUACUAAUGGGCCGAAUAUUCAGUUCUUUUGCAGAGUAUAGUAGCGACAAGAUUGACUCUAAGGAACUCCUAGUUUCUGUAUCCAGGUAUACAAAUUACCUAUUACUUCUCGGGGGAGCAGGGUGGUUUGUCAGUGGGUCGUUUUUCACGUUGUGGCUGGUCUUCGGCGAACUUCAAGCGAGAGUUGCCCGUGAAGAACUGUUUCAAGGAAUCGUUGGUAAAGACAUGGAAUGGUUUGAUACAGGCAAGGGAAUCGCCGGGCUCGUUUCUGGGUGUCAGACGUACUUAACUCCUUCUUUUAAUUGAUGUUGUCCAAUACUGAAUUUGUGGCAGUCAAAUCAAUGAACUCAAAAGCGCAGUUUCUGAGCCGCUUGGAUUCACGGUUCAGGCUUCUGUGAUUGCAUCCGUAUCACUUGGAAUAGCUUUAUAUCACUCCUGGUCACUGACACUGGUAAUCCUUUCAGGUGCGCCAAUAGCACUCAUAAUUCUCUCCUUCCUCUCAAAUCGCAUAGAGCCCUUUAUAGAAACCCAAAACAUACAUAUAUCUUCCUCGGCAAACACAGUGAGCAAUUCCUACACCGCCAUUGAGACAGUUAAAGCGUUCAACGCUCAAGGCCUCGAGCUCCGGAACUUUUCCAUCGCGCUAGAAAAGGCCGCGAGAGCGUAUCGAUCGCAAGCGAGUCUUGUUGCGUUGCAGAUCGGAUGCAUUAGGUUUAUCACCUUUGCAAUGUUUGUGCAGGGGUUUUGGUAUGGUGGGGUAUUAGUUAGGAAAGGGGGCGCAGAUGCUGGAGAAGUUAUGACUACAUUUUGGUCUUGUCUUAUGGCGACCCAGAGCUUUGAGAUGAUAUUGCCGCAGAUGAUGCUGUUGCAGAAAGGGAUGGCUGCUGGGAGCUCCUUGAAGGGAUUGGUGAAUCAAGUCAGGGGGGGGGGAAUGCCUUUACAGACGGGAAACAUAAUCCCAGAUACACUUGAUGGAGAGAUAAGAUUCACCAAUGUAAGAUUUCCAGCCAAUUCUGGAGAAACAAGCUGAUUCUACAAGGUUUCUUUUGCGUACCCAUCACGGCCAAGCCAACUUGCCCUCAACAGCGUAGAUUUCUCCAUCCCAGCUCACGAGACAACGUUCAUAAUUGGACGGAGUGGCUCUGGAAAAAGCACAGUUGGCAGCCUUCUGCUCAGGCUGUACGAACCGCUAUCUGGUGAAAUAACCAUUGAUGGUCUUCCUUUGGAUUCUCUCAAUCAAGCAUGGCUGAGGGGGAAUAUAACCGUUAUUCAACAGCAGAACACCUUAUUCAACGAGACAAUAUUCCGGAACAUUGCCUUUGGAAGAAAGGAUUAUUGGAAUGUCACUGAAGAUCGGAUCAGGGAUGCAUGCGGUAUGGCAAUUCUAGAGGAUACGAUAUCAGAACUACCCCUUGGUUAUUAUACUCCUGCUGGGGUUGACGGGAAACAAUUAUCUGGUGGUCAGCGUCAGCGGGUGAGAGUCUAUGAUCCGUGGUUUUCGGGAACUCGCCCUGCUGAUGUGUGUUGAAUUGCUAGGUUGCGUUAGCUCGUGCAAUAUUGAGAGAUACUGAGAUAUUAGUACUUGAUGAAGCAACGAGCAAUUUAGAUUAUAAAACUAGGUCAUCUGUGAUGGAUUCAAUCCAUGAAUGGAGAAAGGGCAAGACUACCAUUAUAAUCACACACGACAUAACACAGAUCAAGCCAGAGAAUUUUGUCUACAUUCUUGAAGAUGGUAGGCCGGUUCAAUCGGGGGCUAGAAGUUCCCUAGAGGGGAAGCAUGGGCCAUUUCGAUCAUUUCUGAAAGCUUCGUAUCGAGAAUCUGACAUUGAGAAGGAAGGUCUGGGUGAUAUACUCUUACCAGAUACAGAAUCCGGUGCAUACGAUAAGGGAGGCGAAUCACCUCCAGAAGCCAAUGGGGCCCAAGAGGACAUUGUUGAGAUAAGCAAUGACAUAGAACUCACGGAAAUAUCUACCUUCCGAUCUACACGCGCACGCAAACGCUCUUCAAGCAGUGCGAGAAAAACCCUGCUCCCGAAGCCCGAAGCAUCUCUCCAGGGGUCCCUAUCACUUUUAGAAUUGUCUAGGAGAUUCCGAAAAGUAGGAAGAAUGAAACCCUCGCUUUGCCAAAUAUUGGGUACCGUCUGGCCAUCUUUAACGUUAGGCUACCGUGUUCUCCUGGUGUUCGGCUUCAUUGCAGCGAUGUUCCACGGGAUCUCAACGCCACUUUUUGCAUUUUCUCUGGCAAGAUUACUCCUAUCAUUCUUUAACACCGCCAGCCCACCCUCUGAAUCUCGUAACUGGUCAUUGCUAGUUCUCGCCAUAGCCACCCUCGAUGGUAUAAGCUCCUACGCGAUGUACUACCUUCUUGAGUCCUGUGGGCAAACGUGGAUCGACUACGUCCGCGUCCGGGCAUUCUCCCGGAUUCUCUGUCAACCACUCACUUGGUUUGACGGGCACAAUGUAUCUUCGAUAACAGAGCACCUGGGAAAAGACGCGGAAGAAAUGCGUAACCUUCUUGGGCGCUUCGCUGGGUAUGCAUUCGUAGCUGCAGUAAUGAUGGUUUUCGGAGUGACCUGCAGUUUUCUGCAGAGCUGGAAGUUGACACUUGUUGGAUUGGCGAUUGCUCCGGUGAUGUAUGGGGUGACGAGGGGGUUUUCGUGGGUUAGUGGUAAGUGGGAGGAGAGGGGCAAUAAUGCAUCUAGUCGUAUUGGGAUUAUAUUUGAGGAAACAGUCUCAAAUGUUAGGACUGUCAGGGCGUUGUCGUUAGAAGAGUAUUUUAGAGGGAAGCUCCUGAGGGCUACAAGGGCUGCUAUGGGGAUUGGGAUCCAGAGAGCUCUCUAUGCCGGGAUUGGCUUCGGGUUAACGGAUUCAACCAUAUUAUUUGCCACGGGUAUGAUUUGUCCCAGUUUGCAGACUUCACAGCUAACAAGCCUAGCGUUGAUAUUUUAUUCCGGGGCACGCCUUAUAUCAAAGGGUCUCUACAAUCUUGAGGAGACACUCACUGUAUUCACUCUUCUGCUUUUCUGCCUGGCAAACGUUAAUGCUAUUAUUGGAUCAAGUGUGUCUUUUCCCCCUUCCUUACCGGUCUAGCUAACCUGCCAGUCCCACAAGUAAACAAUAGCAAAGAUACGGCAACUCGUGUCCUUUGCCUAACAACACUCCCUUUCGGCUCGUACGACGAACUAAAUGGCACCAGGGCGCCAGACUUCACAGGUCCACUUUCCUUCCGAGAUGUUACUUUCGCAUACCCGAGUCGUCCCAACAUCCCCGUCAUUUACAAACUGGACCUGACCAUGCGUCCCGGCGAAUGCGUUGCUAUAGUAGGGUAUGCAAUCCUCCUACGUUUUCACUCCUUCCUUUCAAAUCUAACAUCUCCAGGCACUCCGGUUCCGGUAAAUCGACCCUAUUGUCUCUCCUCCAACGGUUCUACCUCCCACUUCACGGCACAAUAUUCCUCUCAGGGGACCCUCUCUCCUCGCUAGACCUUUCAGCCCUCCGCUCUCACAUAUCCCUAGUCCCUCAAUCUCCAAUCCUCUUCGACACAACAAUUCACGAAAACAUCACUUACGGCGGAAGCUAUUCCCGCAGCGAGGUAGAAUCAGCGGCACGUAGUGCCGGAAUUCAUGAAUUCAUUGAUGGUUUGUCAGAUGGAUACAACACCUACUUGACCAAUGGUGGAAGCACACUUUCAGGUGGCCAAGCCCAGAGGAUUGCGAUUGCUCGGGCGCUUGUGAGGUCAUGCUCGCUUCUGAUAUUCGAUGAGUGCACGAGCAGCCUUGAUGCCGAGAGUGCGAGAGUAGUGCAUGGGAGUAUUAGACGGUUGGUGGAGGGGGAAAGGAAGAUGACUAUUGUUAUUAUCACGCAUAGUAAGGAGAUGAUGCGAUGUGCUGAUAGGAUUGUGGUCAUGAGCAAAGGGGGGAUUGUUGAGGAUGGGAGGUUUGAGGAGUUGUCUGAAAGAGGGGGGGAAUUGAAUAGGCUGCUGGCAAAGGGGGGAUUUGGAAGUGAGGACAGGGGAGGUGGGUUGGAUUCGGUGUGAUAUUUGCUUUGAGGGUGAUUUACGUCGCACCCCAGUCUCAUGUAAUCGGAACAACUCAUUCAAUACAAUACCCAUCACUUU